GUCAGACUUUGUGAAUCAAUACUGCUAUGUUCAUGGGACAUAUUUCGUUUCGCUGAACGAAUCGCUUCCCUACAACGAAACUGAACGACGAAGGAUCCCCAUCAACUACUACCAAUGGGUGCCAUAUAUCCUUGCCCUUCAAGCCUUUCUAUUCUACAUGCCUCGCUUCGUAUGGAAAUCACUCAUCGCCGUUAGCGGCUAUGACCUCGCUGGUGCAAUCCAAUACGUGGACGGGUUUUGGUCCACAGUGAAGACCAACGAUGCAACUUUCAAAG